GAGGAAGGAGGACAAAAGGCGGGAGUCGCGACCGACCGCCACUGCGCUGGUUGCUGCAUCGCGGGACGUGUCUGGAAGAAGUUCUUUACUUCGCCUAAUUACUGCAUCCCAGCAUUAUGUCGUGCAGAAGCUGCAGCUGGUUUAUCUGCUUCUUUGUGGCGGUAGUCUUAGCUGCUGGCUCCAGUGACACAGAUUCCAUUACAGAAUCCGAUCCUGAAGUCACAGUCUACAGUUCAGAAAAUGACAAUCAAGAGCUGUCCACAGUGGAGCCGGCGUGCGAGCAGCUCGCGGCUGCGCAGCUGUCCGUUGAGACGGCGGCCGCCACCGCCGUGUCCGCCAUGCGGCACUCCUGCACCGGCCUCACGCGGGCCGCCGUCGCCUUCAUAAGCGCCCGCUUCCUCAGGGUGAUGGCCACGGAGGGCUGGGUUGACGCUGCACGCAGCUACCCGAGCACUUUUGUGGAGUUAGUUCGCCUGCUUGCAGAGGCUCAAGCAGACACCAGGAGCCUUCGUGGAGAGGCGAAGGACAAGAGACUGAUCCAGGCAGCUAAGGAGGGGGCAGUGGAGGAGCUGCUUAUGCUCCUCAAGGAUAAGGCAGAUCUGGGGGCGACGGACGAGAACAACAAGACAGCGCUCCACUGGGCGGCCGCUGGGGGCCACACAGUGGCAGUGAGGUGUCUGCUAAUGGCAGGUGCUGACGUGGGUGCGAGGGACAACUCUCUGCAGACUCCCCUGCAUGAGGCUGCACUGAACGGCCACGCAGCUCUUGUGCAGCUGCUGGUGGCGUCCUCUGCCGAUCCCAACGCCAGGGAUGAGGAUGGGUGGACACCGCUGCACUCUGCGGCGUUCACAGGCCAGGCAGAGGCGGUGACAGCACUGCUGGAGGCAGGGGCCAACAAGAGGGCCGUGGAUAACAUCGGCAAAACCCCACAGGACAUUGCCAGGCAGUACAACCACCAGCAGCUGAUAGACGUGCUAUCAUAA